CCUGGGGGCUUCCUCUUGGCCCGGAUGUGGGAUGGGAGGGCCAGGGGGCCAAGACCCUGAGCCAAUACAGGAAGCUCCACAUCCAGAAGCCUUAAAGAGGGAGAUGUGGUUGGGGCAUAAUACCAGCGUCCAAAGUUUGGCUUGCUGAGUCCAUCCAGAGGCACCAGCAGGAUGAAGGCUCUUCCCCUCCUCCUCCCUGUCCUGGGGCUGCUGGCGUGUGGCAAGUCUCUGUGUCCAGUGGAUGAGGCCAUCCACGAGAAGAUCCAGGAUGACACCAGCUCCUUAAUUCUGGAGACAAUAAGGAACUUUGGUCUGAGCUGCCAGAGCGUCACCUCCAGGGGGGACCUGGCCACCUGCCCGGCAGGCUUCGCCGUCACCGCCUGCGCUUGUGGCUCCGCCUGCGGCUCCUGGGACGUGCGUGUCGAGACCACAUGCCACUGCCAGUGCGCGGGCAUGGACUGGACCGCGGCGCGCUGCUGCCGCUUGCAGGCCACCGCCUGACGUCCCGGGAGCGCGGGGCGGGCUGGGGGGCGUGGCCAGGCCCGGAGGGGCGGGGUCAGACCGCAGAGGGGGCGGGGCGAGGCAUCGGGGGCGGGGCCUGCGAGGGGCGGGGCUGGAAAUAAACACUGAGAACAUAGAAAA